GCUGUCAGUCAGCCAUCAUGGGAAAAAAGGUUCGCAGCAAGGCGACGGUGAAGGUUCAGUUCAGCUAGCUUUUUUUUCUCGGUCGACACUUCGAUACGACGACGAACGAACGCGAUUGCGAUAAAAUUUGAUUGGCACAGCCGAGAGCCGUCUUUUAGAAUGUAGUGAUCGAAUUCUGGCUCAUCUUGGCUUGUUGCGUGUGCGAAGGGUUUUGAAAUUGCCAAAACAACAGUGGAAAAGUUUCCGUCGAGUCGCGGUUGUGUAUGAAAAGUGGCCAAAUCUUCUGUGCCAAGGCAUGCAGCGGUUUCGGUUUAUUGAGUUUUUAUGUUAAGGAUUUUUCUUUGCGUGCUGUGGUAUUUUGCAGUGGAGUGUUGUUAGUGGUUGAAGCCCUGGAGGCACUCUAGUCUUGUCGAGUGGAACGCUGCUGGAAAAGGUGGUUGCAGAGGAGGAAAAAAGUCCACACUAACACGGGCAGAGGUGGAGCGCAGGAAGAAGAAAAAGGCGACUGGGCUCAGAAAAAAGUAUUCCUUAUUUUUGCAUUUUAAAAUACGGAAAUGUUUUGAGAAAAAAGUACUGCUGGGUCACGAAAUGGCCGAGAAUACUAGUGCAACUUCAUGAGUGUUGAUAGUUUUACGAGAAAAAAGAAGAGCAGUCUGCGAAAAAUCUGGGAUUUGUUAGUGGAAAAAAUCGUGCAAAAAUAAGCAGCAUGGAGCUUUCAUGAAAAAUAUAUAUAAAAGCUAGAGAAGAAAAAAAUAUAGUAACGGCAAUUUGUUGAAGAGCGAAUCUACGAGUUGUAAAUUGUGAAGUUUCUCAAGGUUUAUUUGACAACCUUGGAAGAAUAAAUCUUAGCAAUAAGUAGAAGCAGCAGUAACAAAGGCAGACGAUGCCGAAAUGUGAUGUUAAAACCAGAUAUAUUCCAGCGACCUUCGCUUGGGCGCUGCUGUUGGGCACGACGUUCCUGUUUUUCUACUAUCCAUGCCGACAGUUCUACGUACAGCGACACCCAUGGGUACCGGCGUACCAGGCCGUCAUCACGUUCUUCGUCAUCGCCAACUUUACACUGGCCACCUUUAUGGAUCCUGGUGUCAUCCCGAAAGCCCCACCCGACGAAGAUCGCGAGGACGAGUUUCGAGCUCCGCUGUAUAAGAAUGCUGAAAUUAACGGUAUCACGGUGCGGAUGAAAUGGUGCGUAACGUGCAAAUUCUACCGGCCUCCAAGAUGUUCCCACUGUUCGGUGUGCAAUCAUUGCAUAGAGACUUUCGAUCAUCACUGUCCAUGGGUUAACAACUGCAUCGGUCGUCGAAAUUAUCGGUUCUUCUUCUUCUUCCUGAUAUCGUUGUCGAUUCACAUGCUAAGCAUCUUUUCACUCUCCCUGAUCUAUGUGCUACAGAAGGAGAAAGAUAAGCUAACCGAGGUGGAGCCGAUCGUGGCUAUGGUCCUGAUGGCAAUCGUCACCCUGCUGGCGAUCCCCAUUUUCGGUUUAACCGGAUUCCACAUGGUACUGGUGUCCCGGGGGCGCACCACUAACGAACAAGUCACUGGCAAGUUCAAGGGAGGUUACAAUCCGUUCUCGCGAGGAUGCUGGAACAACUGCUGCUACACACAAUGUGGUCCACAGUAUCCAAGUCUGUUGAAGCCACAGAAGUACGUCGCGCGGCGGUCGAACAAGGAAAACCAAUCGAUUAGUACAAUCACAAACGACGGCGGUCCGGGAGGUGGAGGCAGUAACUCCAGUCGGCAUCUGAAUUCUCAACAACAGCAGGCGCUUAGCGCUAGCGGUUCUGGUGGCAGUAGCCAAGGCAUCUAUGAUAACAGCCGCCAUACGCAGGUAAAAACCUAUAUGGAUCAUGGCAAUGGUCACGGUAUUCGUACGGUUGGAUCCAGCCAUUACAGUAAGCUAUCUCCUGGUCGGGAAUGCUCCGAUAUUGAUAUGGAACCGCAAGCUUCGCAGAGCCGAGAUUGUGAGCCGACACCACCACUGCAGCGACAUGGUUCAAAAAGCAACUUCUUCCUGCCGCCGAUAGAUGGCAACGGAGGCAUCAACAUGAACGGAAGCCAAGGUCAAGGUGGCAACGGUGGAGGGGACUCCCCUCGACAUAUACGUAUGUACCAUCCAAGGCACAGCCCGCAUCCUCGUCAACGUGGACUAGAUCCGUCCCGUAGCUUCACGCCCGAGGGCCUUUCACCGGAUCAACCUCCGCCGAUGAUUACUAUCCAACAGCAGCAGCAACAACCAAACCAGCAGGGUAUUUCACGUGGUACAUCGGCAACACCGACAAUGCAACAAAGGAUCAAGGCGCUUGGUGUGGCUACUCCCUUGGCAAUGUCUAGUCCCGUUAGAAGAUCCAAUCCCGGAACGCCCACUCAACCCCGGCGACCGGAUUUCAUCGGAGUAAACAUGGUCAGUCAACCACAGCAGCAACAACAGCAGCAGCAACCCGGUGCAACCUAUUACGAUUUUCCCCUCCAGCAGCAACAACAGCAGCAGGCCCAGAUGCACCAAACGGGUCUUCCCCCGGUACACCCCUACCACCAGCAGCAGCCAAUGUCUCAGCAACAGCAGCCCCCACAGUAUCCGAUGGUGCAUCACAAUGGUGGGUUGCCCCAACAGCAGCAGCAGCAACAACAGAGGCCACCAAACAUUGUCUACCAUCACGGAAGCCCCCAAAGACGUUAUUUGUCCGAAGGUGAACUUGCACGUCAAGGAGCGGAACUGUCAUACGCUCGCAGUAACCAGACUGUCGAUAACAUUCGUGAACUGGCGGGGAGCCCUCAACGAGGGGUUUACAUGUGGAAGGAUACAUCACCUGGAUUCAGCAACGGGAAUGGCCCAGUGAGCAGUCAACAGCAACAGUCACAAUCACCCGGUGUGUUUGUAAGUAUGGCUCCAUCGGUCUACCAGAAUACACCUAGUCCAACUGGAUCUCAGCAACAGCCUCAGUACGGUAGUGUGAGUGCAGCCAGAUAUCAACUGCAACAGCAACAGCAACAAGCCAGUUUAAAUACCGGCUAUCAUCCGGCUCUUCGUGGUGGCGUGCCAGUGUUUCCCCCUCAACCUCUUCCUUCUUCCGUAGUGCCAGUGACCACGCAACAACAAUCGAGUGGUGGCACUGGGCCCCAGGCCCCCUCACCACAAAUCAAACGGAAAGCCACUCCCACACGACCGAUGUCCUUUGUAAGGGCGCUCGAGAUGACAGACUCGAUAGAAAUGAAUACGACUGAUUCCGGAGGUGGCUCUGGUAAUGGCAGUAACGUACAGCAGCAAGCGUCCGGCGGGCAGUCCGGAAGAGCUACUACGCCGACUCCGCCGGAUAGAGGCAGCGUGUACGAUAUGAACUACGAGAUUUCCGUAUAACAACUGCAACCGGCGAUGCAGCAACGGCGGCAGCAGUAGAGUAGCGAUAGAGUUGUAAUAGGAAAAUGAUCGGCUAACCGUUAGACUAUGCUUGUUAGGGAUUAUUGUCAGUUAUUGAUGGAACUCUUGUUUUGUUUGCAUGUUUUUUAAUAAUAUUUAUUUUCCUCUGUACAGUCCGAUGCCCUGAUAAGAUACAUUUCUAUUAUGUAAUUUCAUUUUAGGCGUUAGAGGAAAAAACGGCCAGUCUGAAACUUUAGAUUAACUUAUUUUUCACAAUUUGGCGUAUCGUACUAACAUUCAGUUUAAAUAUUAGCGUGUUUCCAGAUACUAUUCCUCUAGAUUUAUUUAAUUACCAUUUUGACCUGAAACAAUCAACGAUUUUUGACAAAAGCCGAACCAACAAAUUCAAAUAAUGUACACACUAUUGUUACCUCUGAAUGGAAAGAUAAAACAUUGCUGCAAUUUCCCUCGCCCUCUCAUAUUAUGGAAAAGUCGCAUCCGCUCCAGGUGCGAUGUUUGUUGUUGCUGUUGUUGUUAGUCCAACGUAAAGGGCGCUUCAACUUCUCUUCUCUCAGCAAAUAGGUCACACUACUGGACUGUAAAUAAAAAUUUUCUUUAAUCGUUCGACAAAUAGAUACAAUAAGAUGGCUCACUUGAUGUUGCAGCACAGAAAAAAAAAACUUCUAAAAAGUUCUGUAAACCCAUAUCGCAGUACCUGUGAGAAAUUAUUUGCAAGAUAUUUUGGUACAUUCGGGGUGAUAUUAGAUUUUGUUUUAUGGAUAUUAAGCACUCAUGUUUUAAUUCAAAGCUCUACCUCAGUUCCUUUUUUCCCAUGUGUUGAACAAUUGAAUCAUGAUAGUACGUAUACUGACCAUCGUUUCGCCGAAGACUGAAGCAACCGAUUGAUUUAUGUAGAAAAUGGGUCUUAAUUUCAUAUCAAAAAGUUUUGUCAAUCUUAUCAACUAUCUGUUUGUACCAAACAUAUUUUCGCAAGAUUAGUGUCCAUAUUUUGAGUAUUUUACUAACUUAUUCAGGAGAUUCUCGAGUUCCUUUGUCUUUCUAACGAAUAUUUUUGACCUUCUACACCCUAGCACGUCCGGUUUCUUUCAGAUUGCAAAUGUGACACUCAUACUUAGUAAGGUUAACUAACUACAAUGCAAGAGCCAAUCCAGUCGCAUGUUAUGUCCUCAUAAGAGCAAACAAAUGUAUCAAUAAAGAACUGCUAGCAUUAUAAAAACAUGAUUUCGUAGAAGAUGCAAAAAUAUUCACACAAAUUUCGUGGUCGACUUUUUGUUGAUGUGUGCGUGUAUAGGUGAUGCGAAACUUGCUCGAGACUCUCUUAAGCUAGCAAAUGGAGGCAGCAAAUCGAGUUACGACAAAAAAAAAGAUGCAAAUUAGAAGAGAUGAAUUCACUGCCCGUACGUUGUUAGUGAACCCUAAAUCCCUUCCGCGGUUGAUCGAUGGCAGAAGAUGAAGCAAGAUAGAGUGUGUAUGUGUACGUGUGCUUCAAAACAUCACACGUGGUUGCUAAUGCGGGGCUCUCUCUCACUGCUAGACAGACCAGUUAGCGCUGCAUCCAGUUUUGUACAAGUGUAUAAUUGUUAGAAUAUUUUGAAGUAGGUUCCGAAAGCGGCAAAUGCUUUUUUCCCUGAAUGACGGGUAAAAUGCAGGAGAUCGUUUUUAUGACAUUAAGAAAAGUAGUUUUACAAAGCUAGAAAGUAAAUCAGAAUGACGCGUCUGAAGCCUGACGAAGUAGGGCAAUAUGAUAGUUACAUGUAUUUAUUAACAAGUUGUGCAUACUGACCGUACGUAAUUCGCCAGGAAGCAAUCGAUUGCAUCUCUCUUUCGGUUUUGCUAACCAAUCCUACCCUAAAUAGUGUACAUACACUAACAUACCUUUUAUAACAUAAAAAUGUUCACUUUACAAAAACACAGAGACAGAAAAAAGUUACAUUAAAUUCAAGACAUGGUCGAGUAACAUCAUUGCAGGUGCUCGAAAAUAGUGUACGUUCUGAUCCUCUUCCUCGUGAAACAAUAAGAGCAGAACCAUCCCCUUCCAUGAUUAGAUCGUUUGUGAAACUGCGCGCUCUUGCAAGCCACCAUGCACCUUUCUUCGGGCACUCGUGGGUGUUUGUAUUGUACAUUACAGUGUAGCAAUUAUGGACCGAGAAAUACAAAUAUAUUUACUGUGUAAUAGGAAACAUUACAGAACGAAUUGGAAAACUAACUGUUAUGGAACGAGUUUUUUUUCUGAAAGAGCAAAUACAGAAUUAACGAGGUCUGAUAACAGCUAUAAAUAUACAGCAAAAAAGGAAAGAAAACAAUGAAAACACUUAUAUAUAUGACAAAGAGAAACUGUAAUAUUUCACUGUGAAUAUAUACAUAUAUAAUAAAAAAAAUGAAAAAAGUGACAAAUCUGUAAAA